UUGUGUGAUUUUGUUGUUAAACACGGUGUUAAACUUUCGCAUUUUAUCAGUGUCUUGUGUUUUUCACCAUGGCUAUCGUAGAGGAUGAAGUGAGAAAUGACUCGGAGGAGGAGAAUGAGAUCGAAGUGGUAGUUGAGGAAGACGAAAUGGAACACUUGGAUUCCGACGACUCAGAGGAUGAUGACGAUGACGAAGUACAGGAGAGGAAGGUGGCAGAGCUGGAGCAACGGAUCGCGGAGUACCCAUACAACUAUGACGAGCACAUUGAGUUGAUCCAAACCUUGUGGCGACUCUCGGAAUUGGAUCGCUGGAGGACUGCCUUCGAACGUCUGCAGAAGCUAACAGCCCUGCAGCCCGAGCACUGGCUUCUGCGGCUGCAGACCGAAAUAACCCUGGCGCAUUCCACGCAGGCGCGCGACAAAAUCGCCGAACUCUUUCAACAGGCGAUGCUCGAUUGUUAUUCUAUCCCAAUCCUAACUGAAUGGUGCACAUGGUCGCUUACUAGCGCGACGACGGAGGCGCGCGCGCAAAUGGAGGAGAUACUACGGCGCGCCGGAGCGGACCCGCUCUCGGGAAAGAUCUUCUGGGACGCCAAGCUGGAACUGGAGAAGGCACAGCUGGACACUCUGACCGAAGACGACCCAGACUACAAGAUGCAGCAAGGGCGCGUGCUGUGGUGCUUGGAAGAGACAGUCUCCCGGCCACUCUUGAGAGCCGAAGAGGCGUGGCAGCAGACUCAAGAGCUCGCCUUGGCACUCCACAGCCAGGAGUACGUUGAUAAGGUUAAAACGCAACAUGAAGCGGCCCAAGAUUUCUUACAGAAAAUAACGCCAUACGAAGACAAGUUACUGACAGUGGAGAACCUAGACGAGAAGUUCAAGAUUUAUGUGGAGUACAUAGGACUGGUUGAAGAGUUGGCGCACGAUAAGAAGUACGGUGAUUGCGAUAUUGAUGGAAUUCUGAAGGUGCUAUACGACCGCGCUACAACCGAGUGCAUCACGGUCUCAGGCGUGCACUCGCUACUCAAAGCCUACGUGCGUCACGUGCGAGCAUGCGCUUCCCGCGCCUCAUACUGUCGCAUUCUCGACGCAUGCUCGCGCCGCUGCCCGCGACGUCACACCUUCUGGUCGCUCAAGAUACGCUACGCGGAGCAAGAAUCCGUCCCCGCUGCGGAGAUAAAGGCACUAUUCGAGACGGCGAUCGCCAAAGGCAUGUCGACGUACAAAGACGCGGAGGCGCUGUGGUAUGGUUAUUUGGAAUUCGUACGCCGGCGCACGCAUUUCGAGAACCCCGAGCAAGUCGAGACGCUGCGCCAGAACUUUCGCCUGGCUUGGGAUUCGCUGGCCGAGACGUGGGCAGAUGAGGCAAAUGAUUGCGAGAUUCCGCUUUUCUGGGCGCGACUCGAAUACAACCGGAUUAAUGACCAUAAACAAGGCAAAGAUAUCUUUGAAGAGAUAUUCCAGUAUGGCGAGAACAAAUCAAUGUCAAAGUACUGGGAGGCGUUGAUCGCAUUGGAGACUACCCGCCGGCUGUCGCUAGGCUGUGGAUGGACUACGAGCGCGACUACGGAAGCUUGGACACUACGGGCGAGUGCUACGACGUAUGCGAGUAAGAGGCGGGAUUUAUACAGGCGCGCGUUACGCUAUAUCACGGACUACCCGCCGGCUGUCGCUAGGCUGUGGAUGGACUACGAGCGCGACUACGGAAGCUUGGACACUACGGGCGAGUGCUACGACGUAUGCGAGUCAAAAAUCCACGAAUGGCGCGAAUCUUACCAGGCGAUGAAAGAAAAAAUGAUGGGCAAGAGGCAAAAAGGCAAACAACCGGACAAAAAGUCGAAAUACGACAAGAAAAAGAAGGGUAAAGAAGAGGAACAACCAAAGAACAAAGCCAAAAGGAAAUCAGACGAUCGUGUUGGGGGCACAGAGAGAGAGUUGAAGAGAAAGAGGGAAGAUGAUAAGAAAGUGGAGAGUGGGAAAAAGAUGGAAGCUACGGCUUCGGGCAGUGGAGUCAAACGACCGCACGGCGACGAGGACAAAAAGGAUGAGACUGAGAACAAACGCCAGAAGACUGAAGAGUCGAGCAGCGCGCGCGCCGCCAGCCGCGAGGCCUGCACGCUGUUCGUCAGCAACCUCGAGUUCAAAGUCGAUGAAAACAAACUCCGGGACACAUUGUCAAAGUACGGCGACAUCGUGUCGCUACGAGUCAAGACUGGCGUCAAGGCGUUCGGCGGCUCCAUCUGCUACUGCCAGUACAAAACAGUGGAGUCCGUUGAUGAAGCCCUAAAACACGACCGGUCACCUCUAGAGGGCAGGCCCAUGUUCCUCUCCCGCUAUUCCUCCAAGAAGGGCAAGGCUUCCUUUAAGUACUCCACGGCCCCUGAGAAGAACAAGCUAUUUGUGAAGAAUCUACCCUACACGCACUGUACUAAGAAAGCGUUGACUGACGUGUUUCAACAGUUCGGCGCGCUGAAGGACGUCAGGAUUGUCACUUUCAAAGACGGCAAGCCAAAAGGCCUGGCCUACAUAGAGUAUGAAGACGAGGCGUCAGCUGCGAAAGCGCUAGCGGAGACAAACGGAUCACUGAUGGGCGAGAGGACCGUCGAAGUGGCCUUCAGUGCGCCGCCGCCUAAAGACAAGGAUCCUGCCUCUGCACCCACGCUCGGGCAGCCUAAACGGGAGACUGGGAAGGGCAUCUCGACAAUCCGGCGUUGGUUGCCUAAGCACGGCAUCGUCUGGCGACGUGCGGCACCGACGUUGUGUAUCAAAGACCCGGAUAAAGAAGCGAANUUAUUCGUAGCGGUUGCUACGAUCUGUAGCAAUAGAACAAGAGGCGGGAUCUAUAAGGCGCGCGCUACGCUUAUCACGGACUACCCGCCGGCUGUCGCUAGGCUGUGGAUGGACUACGAGCGCGACUACGGAAGCUUGGACACUACGGGCGAGUGCUACGACGUAUGCGAGUCAAAAAUCCACGAAUGGCGCGAAUCCUACCAGGCGAUGAAAGAAAAAAUGAUGGGCAAGAGGCAAAAAGGCAAACAACCGGACAAAAAGUCAAAGUACGACAAGAAAAAGAAGGGGAAAGAAGAGGAACAACCAAAGAACAAAGCCAAAAGGAAAUCAGACGAUCGUGUUGGGGGCACAGAGAGAGAUUUGAAGAGAAAGAGGGAAGAUGAUAAGAAAGUGGGGAGUGGGAAAAAGAUGGAAGCUACGGCUUCGGGCAGCGGAGUCAAACGACCGCACGGCGACGAGGACAAAAAGGAAGAGACUGAGAAUAAACGCCAGAAGACUGAGGAGUCCAGCAGCGCGCGCGCCGCCAGCCGCGAGGCCUGCACGCUGUUCGUCAGCAACCUCGAGUUCAAAGUGGAUGAAAACAAGCUCCGGGACACAUUGUCAAAAUACGGCGACAUCGUGUCGUUGCGAGUCAAGACUGGCGUCAAGGCGUUCGGCGGCUCCAUCUGCUACUGCCAGUACAAAACAGUGGAAUCCGUUGAUGAAGCUCUCAAACACGACCGGUCGCCUCUAGAGGGCAGGCCCAUGUUCCUCUCCCGCUAUUCCUCCAAGAAGGGCAAGGCCUCCUUCAAAUACUCCACGGCUCCUGAGAAGAACAAGCUAUUCGUGAAGAAUCUACCCUACACGCACUGUACUAAGAAAGCGCUGACGGACGUGUUUCAACAGUUCGGCGCGCUGAAGGACGUCCGGAUUGUCACUUUCAAAGACGGCAAGCCGAAAGGCCUGGCCUACAUAGAGUAUGAAGACGAGGCGUCAGCUGCGAAAGCGCUAGCGGAGACAAACGGAUCUCUGAUGGGCGAGAGGACCGUCGAAGUGGCCUUCAGUGCGCCGCCGCCUAAGGACAAAGAUCCGGCGUCUGCGCCCACGCUCGGGCAGCCUAAACGCGAGACUGGGAAGGGCAUGAGGCGAACGCAACUCAGCAGCUUUAUCCCUAGCGUGCUUCAGAAGGCCACGCCCUCAACCAGCGGAGCCGGCGCCAGCAGUUCCAAUGCCAAUGGCUCCGCAAACGGCUCCGACAAUGGCUCCGACGCCAAGCCAUCCAUGUCCAACACAGACUUCAGGAACAUGCUCCUCAAGAAGUGAACUCGACCCUAGCGCGUAAGGAACAAACCACAUUUUUGUAUGAGACGAUUGUUGCGGUGAAACAUACUAGUCUACAGACGGACUUAAUUUUAUUAUCUGCCAAUAUGAUUGUGUUGCGGGAACGAUAGACGAUUUGUGUAACAAUUUUGUAAUUUGUAAUGCUGCUUACUUACUCAUAUACUAUUUAGAUAUUU